AUGUUGCGGAAGCUGUCGACGGGGGUGGUCGGGGCGCUGCACCGGCCGUGGAAGAAGGGGCCGGCGCGGGGGAAGGGCGGGCCGCAGAACGCGGCGUGCGAGUACCGCGGGGUGCGGCAGCGGACAUGGGGGAAGUGGGUGGCGGAGAUCCGGGAGCCGCGCAAGCGCACGCGCAUCUGGCUCGGGUCCUUCGCCACCGCCGAGGAGGCCGCGCUCGCCUACGACGAGGCCGCGCGCCGCCUCUACGGCCCCGACGCCUUCCUCAACCUCCCCCACCUCCGUGCCGCCCACCCUGCCGACUUCGCCCCCCGCCCCGCCCAGCGCUUCCGCUUCUUCCCCAACUCCCGGAGCUGCGCCGCCCUCGUCCCGCCCUGCGGCCUCCUCAACCUCAACGCGCAGCACAACGUCAACACCAUCUACCAGAAGCUCCAGGAGCUCAAGAACAACCCCAACAGCUCUCCCAUCCAUCCCCCUCCUCCUCUUCCUCCUCCUAUUACCGCCGCUACCGCAGUUACCGCCGCCACCGCUGCUGCUGCUGCUGCUACUACAACGAGCCUCUCUGCUUCUUCUAACUUCACACCGCCGUCGAACAACGACGGCGACGACGCGCAAAUUGCGAGUGGCGGCGAGGGAGAGAGGCCGCAGAUCGAUCUCCGGGAGUUUCUGCAGCAGCUGGGCGUGAUCGGGGCGGAGGGCGAGGAGAGAGCUGGACUGAGCAGCGGCACGGCGCAGCCGUCGGGGACGGCAGUAGAGAGCGGCGGCGGCAGCGGCGGCAUGGAUUCGGAGAUGGCGUUGGGCGGUGCGGAUGUUGCUGAUGAAGAGAGCGGCGGGUUUAAUUGGGACGCUCUGGAGGAGAUGCGAGCUUUGGAGGAUUUGUAUCAUGAUCACCCGGCCGUUCUUAUGCGUGAGGAGAGCGGCCACGAGAUGUUGCAGGUUGAUGACAUGCAUGAGGAGCUCAGCUUGCUGCCCAUCUCCAUUUGGGAUCUUUGA